GAAACGAAGCCAAAGUUGUUGGGUUUUUUGGGUUGCAAACUGCCGGUCUGCUGCUGUAUCCCUGAUGGACUGCUCCGGCACGAGAACAUUCUGACGUUUGGCGAAACGCGCGAGGAAACUCCAGCUUGUUUGGCGAGCUGCUGUCAGCUCGCGCACGCCGGACCGUUGGGCACCGACCGUCUAACUGACUUUUUUUUAUUUUUUUUUAUUUUUUAAACUCGCCGUUGACUGCCGUCGCCCGACAAUACUGGCAGAUAAUAAGGCGUUUGAGUGUGUUUGGCGUCAUGUCCACCGAAGUGACGGCAGGUUGGCUGGGGGAGGGCAGCGUCGAGCGGGCGAACCACGAGGAGCGAGUUCAGCUCCACAAACGCGGGGCCACGGACGGACUCCCCCCGGACGGCACCGGCGCUGCGUGCAGCGAGGCAGACCCGGGCGAAAACGCCAAGAAGCAGAUCAUUGAUGCUCCGCCGCCGAGAGUAAACCCUUGGACGAGGAACACAUGCCCUUCCAGCGGUUCGACAAACGCCCCAGACACGGACCCUCAGAACCCUGCCAAACUGGUGCGUGCCAGCAAGCCUCGCUCCAGGAAGUCCAGCAAGUCAAGUGACUUCAGUGACAUUACAAACUGGCCCACCCCUGGAGAAAUAGCCAAUAAGGAGCAGCAGCUGAACGUGAUCAACACGCAGGGCCGGAAGACGUCGUCCGGCCGCAGGGACAGGAAGAGGGAUCGCGGAGGAGAGCGGCAGGGGAAGGAGAGCAGCAGUGAUGGUAGCGACACUAAAGAGAACCGCGAGGCACAGCAGGAGACGCCGCAGGACCUCCCCGCCGAGCAGGAUACGGGCAAGGAGACGCAGAGCGGCGCCCCCCGGAGGAGAGGAGGCUGGCGGAGGGAACAUGAUUUCUUCGAUGACGCGUCCAGUGUCCGCAGUGAGGGCAGCGGUGUCCGCGGCGGCCUCAGGGGUCGGGGCAAAGGUCGCGGUAGAGGCAGAGGCCGUGCACGAGGUCGCUAUGACUACUCUCAUGGUUACCGGGAGUCGUAUGUGGAUGGUUCCGCCAUGCCCACAGAGUUCAAUACCAAUAUGAUGUAUUUCUAUGACGACGGUAACCGGGUACAAAUGUACACCAUUGAGGAAAGUCUGCUGAAAGAGUACAUCAAGCGUCAGAUUGAGUAUUACUUCAGUCUGCCCAACCUUGAGCGGGACUUCUUCUUGCGGAGGAAGAUGGACACCGAAGGUUUCCUGCCCAUCUCUCUGAUCGCUGGCUUCCGUCGCGUGCAGGCCCUCACCACCGACCUCAGCCUCAUCAUGGAGGCAGUUAAGAACAGCGACGUGGUGGAGUUGGUGGACCAGAAGAUCCGUAGGAAAGAUGACCCCGAGCAGUGGCCGAUCCCCACGACCCCUCUCGAACCCUCGCACACGGACUUCACUCAGCUCAUUCACUGUCCCGAGUUUGUCCCGGGACAGACGUUCACCUCGCUCACCACAGUCUCAACCUCCCCCCCAGCCAAGCAGAUCACCACUGGUUCCACCCCUGCCACAAACGGCCAAUCAAACGGCUCUGACGCAGAUGCCAAACCCCAGUCUGCUGAGUCUUCCCCAGUCGAGUCAACAAGUGUCUCCAGCACAGAAAAGAGUGCCCCUAAGGCCGGCGUGCCCGAUGCGAGGACCCCUCAGGAGUUGUCCAGCAGACUGUCUGAUCAGGAGAGCCAGUGGAUCCAGGUAGAGAAACGGCACAGGAACGCUUCUGGCAAGAGCAAGGACCUGAUGGCACCGGUUUGUUCCAGCCUGAACCCACAGCCCGAGGCCGACCAAGAAGAACUGGACUUCCUGUUUGAUGAAGAGAUAGAACAGCUCGCAGCACCACGCAAGAACACCUUCACCGAUUGGUCAGACAAUGAUUCGGAUGGAGAGCUGGACGACAGCGAUGUGAACAAAAUCUUGAUCGUCACCCAGACGCCCCCUUACCUCCGCAAGCACCCCGGAGGGGACCGGACGGGGAACCACGUCUCCCGCGCCAAAAUCUCAGCCGAACUUGCCAAGGCCAUAAACGACGGGCUGUACUAUUAUGAACAGGACCUGUGGACAGGGGAGGAGAAGCAGAUGGAUGGUACCAACGUUAAGGAAGUGGAGAACUUUAAGAAGCUCAUUGUAAUAAGCCAGGAUCAGUUUGACACUUUAAGCCCUAAACCACCUGUUGACCCCGACCAGGAAGUCCCGCCUCCUCCCCCUUGCCAAGAUGAGUCUGGCCUGGUCCACUCUCUUUCCACCAACAUCCCAGAAUCCUCCAGUGCUCCCAGAACGCCUCGUACCCCACGCACGCCCGGGCGUCAGGACCCCAGCAAGACGCCCCGAUUUUACCCCGUCAUUAAAGACAGCGGCACCAUCGACGGGACGACUCCCCGCAAGAGGAAAACUCGACACAGUUCUAACCCUCCUCUGGAGAGUCAUGUGGGCUGGGUCAUGGACUCCCGUGAACACAGACCCCGUACCAGCUCCGUCAGUAGUUCUAACGCGUCUCCAUCAGAGGGCGCCCCCUUGCAGUCGGGCAGUUAUGGCUGCACGCCGCAGUCUCUGCCAAAGUUCUGGCACCCAUCUCAUGAGCUGCUGCAACAGAACGGCUUCACCCAGCAGGUUUACCACAAGUAUCGCCGCCGGUGUCUCAACGAGAGGAAACGACUGGGAGUGGGUCAGUCCCAGGAGAUGAACACACUCUUCAGGUUUUGGUCCUUUUUCCUCAGGGACAACUUCAACAGAAACAUGUAUGAGGAAUUUAAGCAGUAUGCCCUAGAGGAUGCCAAAGACAACUACAGGUACGGCCUGGAGUGUCUGUUCCGCUUCUACAGUUACGGUUUGGAAAAGAGGUUCCGACCCGAUAUCUUCAAGGAGUUCCAGGAGGAAACCCUACAUGACUACGAGAAAGGUCAGCUGUAUGGUCUAGAGAAGUUCUGGGCUUUCCUGAAGUACUCCCAGAUUAAGGACCAGGUCAUCAAGCCCCAACUGCAGGAACUCCUCAGCAGAUUCAAGAGCAUAGAUGACUUCAGGGUUGAGCCACCAAUGGGAGAGGAGCAGGGAGGGAGAAAGCAGAGACGCUCACCCUUUAGAGGGGAGGAGGGGAGAUGCAAAAGUCAAAAUUCUUCAUCAUCAUCAUCAAAACAGGCCUCAUCUACCAAGGUCUAUGGUCAACCUGCUGUUGGGUUGGCAGCCAAUCGAUCAGCUUCCCCAGCAGACGCUAAAACCACUUCAGCCAAUCAAGGGCCAGCCAACACAAGCUCAGCAAAUCAGUCAGCAGGCCUAGCAAACAGUAAAACCACCUCAGCCAAUCGGCUGACUGCUCCAGCACCUGCCAAAGCAGCCUCAGCCAAUCAGAAGGCAGCAUCUUCAUCCAGCAAGAGCUCCACAACCAAUGAGUCUGCUGCAAGCACAAAGGCCACACCCAAGGACAACACCAAGAAGAAGUCUGAUGCACGCAAAGGAGAACAAGGGGCUAGCAAAAGCAGAGAUGCCCAUUUGCCAAAGAAAUAGACAGUGAUUGCAUGCGGUCUUGAGUUGCCACUGCUACUAAUCUGAGAUGAUGGAGGGUUUUUUUGAUGACCCCAUCGGAUUUACGGAUAAUACUGUAAAUCUGUCCUGUGAGUCCAUCACCCAAACCGUUAAAGUGGAGCUUGCAUGUUAAACCACCAGAGCGUCAUUAAUUUCACUUCGUAAUGUGUCACUCAGAUCAUUGUGUUUGUCCUAGUAUACAGGUUUUUGUUGUUGUUGUUGUUGUUGUUGUUGUUUUACUUUACAGUUUUGUUUUAAUCAGGCAUAGUAAGUGGACUGCAAAAACCACAGGAGUCAAAAAUUCUGUUUACGAAUACUGCAACGAAUGCAGUUCAUGGACAAUGUUGGUGUGUUGAAUGUAAUUUUUUUUCUGUUUUAUUUUAUCUUUAGGGGUGCCUUACAUUUCAAAAGAAAAAAAAUUACAACUCUAUAACCUAAUUUUAUCAGAUAAUAUAUGAAAGUCUCAAACUUGAUUUUAUUUUGCUCGGUGUUGUAGCAUUUGUGGUUUAUGUGUCUGAUCAAAACAACAUAUUCUCAUACAGGAUACCAUACAAUGCGUACUGACCUGCAAUAAAAAUGUUUGCUGGAGGGGGGGGGAAAUCACACACAAAAUCUUAAUCAUCUUUUAUGUUCUAAUGACAGCAUAUUGUGAGUGAUAUGUUGUUCUUUUGAAGCUUGUGGAAAGAACGUGACAUCAGAAUGACACUAUAAACAUCGUCUUGAUGCAUAGCUUUCAUUUACGAUGAACUGUGUUUUUGAUGAGUGUUAGAAAAAUGCAAAAUAUAAAAAGCCAGGCUAGUGCGGGAUUGGGCAAAGAGUGGAUGUGAGAAAUGCGGGGUCCUGUAAUCUGCUGUGUAAUGGAUCACAUGCUGUUUGUAUAGU